AUGCCGGUGGCAGCGCGGGGACCCGCCGUGUCGCUGUGGUUCCGAGGGCGACGAGGGGACCCGGUUGAUCCCCACCGUGUCGCUGUGGUUCCGAGGGGGUGGGGGGCCUUUGUCCGCUGUCCGAGACACUCCCCAGUGCUGGGGGGGGGGUGUCCGUCUUCCCGCGUCUCCCUCUGUGUGUGUCCGUCCGUCCCCGUCCGUCCCCCCGGUGACGGUAGGUGCGGCCUGCGCCUCCGCGCGCUCCUCCUGCGCUGCGGCUCCCGGCGCGGCUUCACCUCGCAGACGGACGGGGAGGCCCGUGUGACCCAGGUCCUGCGCGAGAAGUUCCCCCGCGCGUCCACCAUCAGAGUCGUGGAUAUCUCAGGUGGCUGCGGUGCCAUGUACGAAAUCCACAUUGAGUCCGAGGACUUCAAGGACAAGCGAACGGUGCAGCAGCACCAGAUGGUGAACCAGGCACUGAGUGAGGAGAUCAAGAGCAUGCACGGACUGCGCAUCUUCACCUCCACACACCCAAGCCUUGACCCUCGUGUCCUGACCCUGCAAUAAAGAUGCUCUUGCCUCCCCCCC